UGAGCGAGGACUAUAUCUACAAGGGCAGCCAGCCUUAGGAAACAGGUGCGUGCGGGCUACUGGCAGCUGCCCGGGAGUCAGGGGCAUAACCUACUCGCGCCUGAAGGUGAGAAGGACGGAGUGUCUGGAGCUUCGACCCUGGAGCGAGCUGUGUCUCGGGAUCUGCGUGUUGCCAGCCCGCGCUUCUUUGCCGGUCUCGGAGAGGCAGACGAUUUGAGCUGUGAUUAGCGAGCACAUUUGUUUCCCGGAUUCUAGUCUCAGGAGCAUGGCGAGGUGGGGGCUGCUCGCGCUGCUGCUCCUGGCCGCGGCAGGCGCCGGCGGCGCCAAGGCGCGCAAGGACAAGGCGCGCCGCAAGGAGAAGGACCCCAGCCCGGCGCCGCCGGAGGAGAACAUCUGCGACCUGCAGUCCGAGUUCAACGUGUACUGCUACUGCAACACGCCGGAGCCGCGCAACGCCACCGAGUCCACGUGCUGGACGCUGCGCGCCGAGGACCCCGACGACCCCGUGUGGGACGUGUUCCGCACGCAGCCCUCCCUCGAGAAGCUCAUGUUCAACAGCCGGCCCGACAGCCGGCUGUGGUUCGUGCCGACGCGCGCGCUCACGCACCUGCCCAAGCUGCGCGUGCUGGACGUCAAGUACGCCAACAUCCCGGAGCUGGCGCCGCACGCGUUCGCCAACCUCACCUCCUUGCGGGAGCUGUCCCUGUCGCGCUGCUCCAUCGUGACGCUGAGGCCGCACUCGGUGGCGCGCCUGCCCGCGCUGGCCGUCGCGUCGCUCGACGAGAACCGCAUCGCCGAGAUCCCGCGCGGCGUGUUCGUCGCGCUGCCGGAGCUGCGCAAGCUCUACAUCGCGCGCAACAACCUCAGCGUGGUGCACGACAAGGCGUUCGCGCACCUGCGCCGCCUCGAGGAGCUCGAGCUGUGCGACAACCAGCUGACGGCCGUGUCGCGCGACACCUUCGCCGGCCUGCGCUCGCUGGCGCGGCUCGACCUGCACCAGAACCACAUCUCGCUGCUCGGCGACUACGUGUUCGCCGAGAUGCCCAACCUGGAGGAGAUCGACGUGGACCUGAACGGGCUGGAGGCGGUGGGCGAGCGCGCCUUCGCCGGGCUGCGCAAGCUGGGGAGGCUGUCCAUCGCCGAGAACCGCCUGGCCGUGCUGGGGGGGUCGGUGUUCGCGCACACGCCCAGCCUCCACCACCUGGACCUCAGGGACAACCACCUGCGCACGCUGGUCAUCGACACCGUCAGCCCGCUGCUGGACAACCUCAAGAACGUGUCCACCUACUUCUACGUGGAAGGCAACAACUUCGUGUGCGACUGCCGGCUGUCCUGGAUGUACGCGCUGCGCAACGAGACGCCCAACGAGCAGGUGCGCAACGCCCUGGAGGAGCUGACGUGCGUGGUGGAGCCGGCCGACGUCGAGGCGGUGGCCGACGCUGCGACGCUGGAGGCGGACGCCGCCGGCACCACGGAGGGCCGAGGGGGCUACCCGCGCGACCAGCCGCGCGACGAGGCUCCCGGCACGUCCACCGGCCCGCCCCCGGCCGCCGCCGCCGCCGCCGCCGCCGUCCGCAAGCACCUCUUCGAGAUCCCGGCCGAGGACCUACCCUGCCCGGAGAACCUGCAGCUCAACCGGGACCCGUUGGCCGAGGUGGAAUUCGGCUCCGGCCUCAAGCUGGGCCAGGGGCUGACCGGGAAGUCGGCAGGUGGCGUCGCGAUAGCCGGCCACCUGGCCGCCAUUUUGGCCGCCAUCUUGGGCGUGUCGUUAGUCACGUGAGCCGCUCGCGCCCAGGUGCAGCCCAACUUUUCUGUUUGUGUCAGUGACCUUUAGUGGCGGUCUGCGUACUGUUGUGUGAGUGGAGCGGACAAUUUGACGAAGAGAAACGCAUUUCAUUGAAAUGUAUCUUUCUUUUUUGUGCAUUAAUGUUUCCUCAAAUAAUGCUUGUGCAAGCAGCGACCUUAACGAAUGUAUCCCAACGAUUUACUUAUCGACGUAUAAAUAUUUUACCACAAUGAGUGAGUGUUAGAGAAUAUUCACUCACCAUCCUUUACAUUAUUUCAGGGUAUACAGGUUUUGAAGUACUGAAACAGAUUUGCAAGUGCUUGUCUACAUAUAAUUACAAGAAAAGAAAAAAUGAAAUAGACUGUUUAUCAUCUGUAUUCCAAAAAUUUUAAUCUUUGUUAUUUUUAACAUUUUUUAUUAUAUCUUUCAGAUAAAAAUAAUAAAAAAACUAACAUUUUUAGUGUGUAUGGUUUUAAGCUUCAGUUAAUUUCGAGACACUAAAGCUAUUUUAUUUAAACGUAAUAUACAUUUUAUCGUCAAAAUUAUUUUACUUAUUAUACGUGAGGACAUAUUUCCAACAUACUAGCAUUCAGUUCUAUCACCCGAGAAUUUAAUUUUGGCAAAUGGCAGAGUAGUAGAGGAUUCUUUUUUCCCCGUUCUCGAAAUUUAGUAAAAAAAUUAGUUAAAAUAUUUUUUUUUCAAAUACAGAUUGUUGUGUGGUUUCUCAUUAAAUAAAGUAAAGGUCAGUUGUUCACAUGACUAAAAAUAAACUUAUAUUUAUGAACAAAGAUGUGUGCAGUAUAAAUAGUUUUUACAAAUAAAUAUUAAAUCACCAUAGUCUUAUCCCCCAUAUUAAUUUCUAUAUAUAUUCUUUAAAAUGUAGAAAUGUGGAUAAAAUACGGUUAUUAUUUUCGAUUGAAAAACAACUAUUUAACUAUCGGAAAGUUGUAAAGAUAAACUAUUCUGUCAUUGUGACUCUUGUCAUGCGUUUCACGUGGAGAAAUUAAGUGAAAUUAUUGUUACUGCUAUUCAAUGCGAUAUUUUAUGUUACAGGUAGUUUCAUCAAACAUGUUCCAGCAAUGAGUUUCGGGAUCCUUUUCUCUCUCUCUCAGUUGACACUUCCCGACCCUGUUGCAUUAGCGAAACGACACGGCAGCCAUUUAGUACCAACUUGCAAUGGUGAUACUGCGUGAAUAUUACACUGUCUAAAACCUCGGAGCACCCUCUCGGCUAACGACAUCCAACCCAUGCAAUCAGCGCUUUGUGCAUAAUCAAAUAUGCGCGACGACUGACACAUUAGCGAGCAGAGCUCUCUGUGUGUGUGUGCACAAGCAUUGUUUGAGUUCGAGGUUACGAUAACGGCUACCACCUUCGCACGUCGAGACUCCAUGCCGAGUUCUGGAAGCGCGAAGCCAGAGUCAUCUACUGUGCCGAACCAACAACACUCGCUCAGUACUUCAAAUGAUUUUUUUUUUAUUUCAUUGGUGUCCUCUGAUGUUUUAACGUGUAAAUACAAAUGCUUCUCUUGUAUAACCACGGCGUGUUGAAGUGCUCUAACGUCUAUGCAAAUCACAAUCAGGGUUGAUUUUAUUUAUUUUUUUCCCUCGUGCCCAAUUAGAAAUUUCCCCCUCCUUCAGUUGCGUUUUCAGACUGAGAAGUGACUAUCGUUGAUUAAACAAGAGAAGUCUAAGAUGUACAUCAAGUUCUGUCCCUGCCCGAACUCGCCCGAAUAUUCACCUUAGGCCAACCUCGGGAUUUGUUUUAUGUUUGCGCAGGAAAAAUGAAUUCAAAUAUUAAAAGUGGUCGGUUAGGUUAGCUACAUUAAAACACUUUAAAACACUAUGGGCGGUUAGUUAGGUUAGUAUAGCUACAUUAAAAUAAACAGAUAAAUAUAAAUAUAUAUAAAUAAACCCGAGGUUGGCCGAAGGUGAAUAUUCGGGCGUGUUCGGGCAGGGACAGAGCUUGAUGUACAUCUUAGGCUUCCCAUUAAACAAAGGGCGCAGUUGGCAAAAUGCUCUGAGCGGUUGUGUUCACGGUCGAGGAAACGUACACGACUCAUUACAGCAUGUUCAAUAAUUUUCGCAUCUCAAGCCUUGUGUCCGUAACAGACGAGCGCAAGAAAUUAGCGCGUAUUUUUAAGAUUACAAAGUUAAUUUUAGUAGUGAUUUAACUAAGAAAAGAUGAUUAUCAAAAUUCUCAUUUAGAACUACCACAAACAGCUGGAAAUGCAUUAUGUAAUUAAUUAAAGUGGUUAACAUUAGCUUUGUGUUUCACUCUGUUCCAUAUAGUGCGUCCAUUUAUUUUGAUAGGUGUUUCGGCAGACAUUUUGAUUUUGACUGCUGAAUCUUGUGGCGUAUUAAAAAAACAUGUUCAUGUACCGCCAUUUUUGAUGAUUAUGCAUCAGUAAAUUUUGUUGAUUGUAUACGAAUAUUUACUAUUCAGAAUGUUCACUGAACCAUCUGUCAAAAAAACAGGACACCUUAUCUGUAACAUGGUGUUAUCCGAUUGGAUUAUCACUUUGGCCUCACGUUUUCAAUUUUAAAUUUUUUUCGGAUUUUUUUUUAACACUAAUGGUUUAACUUAUAUUUAAGAUGUUUGAAAAUAUUUAUUUUAGGUUUGAUUUCCCGAAUUGUACACAUUUCAAUUUGUAUUAACGGCGUUAACUCGGAGUCACUUGCUAAAAAAAAUUUGUUCUUUCACCACUUAACCGUAACUUAUAAAAGACACGACUUGCAUUCAAAGUAUCUUGUUACUUAUAAAAUAUCUAAUUUUGCAAAUAUCCAUUUCAGGUCGUAGCCACAGCAGGCCACGAGCUCGUGAAUGCGAUCAUGAAGCCAUGUUGCUAAACACUGCAGGCACUCUAAAGCGUUUUGCCGGCCGUAAACAUAAUAUGUUCAACAUAUUUCACUUUAAGAAGUUACUAAAUAAUCAUUAUAAUAAAUACACACAUGAAGAACAAACUUAUGGAACUAUGAAGAAAUCUAUCAGUUUCAUGAAAUAGCUUGAUUUCACUGUGACUCACAUAUUAACCAUGACAAAAUAUUUUGCAAAUAAAAUGCGCAAGUUCGAUUAACUUGAUCGAAUUUCGCCGUCACAUUUAGCUAUGCAUUUAGUGUCUGUUUGCUUGGUACGUAAGUUUAAGUUUUCGCGGGGAUUUAUUCUGAAACCAUCCCACGAAAAUGAUUGUUUAUGAAUCUAUAUAUUUUUAUCCUAAAGUGUACAUAAUACGGCACACAAAAUGUAAUAACAUCUCAGUAUAUUUAUUUUCUUAGAAGAGAGAUAAGUGCCAGUCUAUAUAUAUACUAUAUCCAAGUGUAAGAUAAAAAUUAAAUUGAGAUGAUGUUAAUAGUCUAUCUGCCAUUCUCUUUGUCUGAAAAGGUUAAACAAGAUUAGUGUUACUGAUGAUUCAAGUAUGAAAGUGAACUUACUUUGUUUUUAAAGCUGUUUGGAAUGAACAAACAAAGCAUUAUUCAUUUUCCAACCACAAAAAAGCAAGCAAACUAUCACUGUAAACAUAAAAAACACUAAUUGUGACAAUAUAAAACAUAUUGACCAUUUAUGACAAGCUUUAAAAGUUAAAAUUUAUGUUGUAAAUAUUUUGAUUUUUUUAAUCAAUGCCUUCUUUGUAUCCAUUAUUUGUAUAGUAAUAAUUUCUGGCAUUUCUUAUCUACAGCAUCCAUAGUUUGAAAAACAAAUAUAAGAUCUAAAACACUCGUUUUGGAUUACGUCAUAUGGUUAAAGCAACUGUGUAAAAUACUUAACAAUUUAAUUAUAAUUUGUCUUAUUCUAAGCAUACAUAAACGUUCGAGUAAUUCAUGUAUAAUUGUUUUGUUGGUAGUAAGGAUAAUUUUGAAAUAUCGUUAUUGUAAUAUGUGAUGUAAGACGUGUGUGUUGUGUGUGUACAGAGCUGCUGGAUUUUAAGUACAUAAUUUUUGUGUGGGCAUAUUAUAUGCUCAAAUUUGUAAUGAGUAUGUUUCAAACAUAUUUAUCAACUAAUUUUGGGUCUUGUGAUAAAGCUCACUUUUUUUGUAUACCCACUAGUAUAUUAGUAUUUUUGAAAUUCGCAUAUAAAUUUCAUGGAAUUUUGCUACUUCCUGCUUUAUUAAACUUAUGUGUGGUGCGUCAUUUUACACAGCCAUUAAAUAGCAGUGUGCAUUUUAUUCCUGAUUAUUAUGUCGAGUAUAUUUCAGAAGGGUUUCAAAGUGUUUUUUUUAAGGAAUUUUAUCUUCCUGAACUCAAACUUUAAACAUUUUUGCAUUAACAUCAUGAAUGAAAAUAGUCCCAUAAGCCUUGAGUGUACCUUCCACAAUGGACACAUAUAUACUAAACUACCAUGUGUGUAGGAGACUGCCUUUUUUUAUCGUUUAACACCAAAAUUCAGUAAAGUCACAUUAAAUACCGCAGUUUCUUCAUUGGAAUUUUGCAAUUGUAAUUAGUCCAUCCCAACCUUUGAAACAUCAAAAUACCAAGCAUUAGUAUGCUUGAGAGCCAGUUGGUAGAUUUAUUCAUUCUAGAUUAUAAGGCUUCAUGUAUUUUUUUCACGCAUAUUUUGCACUUUUCUAUAAAUAAUUAGAACAUUAAAUUUUAACUAUAAAAAUACUGUCGUUAUUUCGUACAUUUUAUUAGGACCUAUCUGUAGUUACCUUAACUGUUGAAUUUUUGGUUUUUGGAAUGGACUAAUUCUUUAAUCAGCUGAUAUGAAAACACCGAUUUAAUGUUCCUUCCUGGUUGAGUUUACCUACUUAUGGUGUAAACAGGGACAAACCUUCUGUAAAACAACAUAUCGUCUGUAAGCUGCUUUGUGUUACUUAUGUUGUUAGCGGUGUGAAAGUGUGUAAGAGCUUUUUUUUAAAAGCACCUUGUAACAUAGACCUUGGCAAAUUUGCUCUACUGUCCAGAAUAAAAUAAAUAAAUAAAUAGAUGUGUAAACUCUA